AUGCCUGGUUCUACUGCGCAGAAAGCGCCAACGCAGGCCGUCUCCAGCAACCACAAAAAACGCCGUAAUGGCAGCGCACAAGCUGUAAAAGAGACGGCUGCAUCAUCCCGACCGAAGCGUGUUGCGACGGCUGCGAAGAAAGCCGUAGCAGAAGAUGCCAUUGAUGAUGCUAAGAAGCGCUCAAAGAGCUCAAAACUCAAGUUCGAGUCCGCAAAAGACAUGAAAGCGGCUGUGAAGAGUCCAAACAGUGACCCCGAGCCUGUCCCUGAGAGAAAAAAGCGCCCUGAAAAAAAGUCAAACGUCGAAGCUACCAUGGGAGAGGAGCGGGCUACAAAGAAAGCUACCAUUAAUGCAAAGCCCAAGAGUACCAGCAAAGCAGACUCUAAAGUUAGAAAAUCAUAUUGGCUCAUGAAGGCAGAGCCGGAGACAAGACUUGAAAAAGGAGUUGACGUGAGGUUUUCAAUUGACGAUUUGCGUGCUGCCACGGAGCCAGAGGGAUGGGAUGGAGUCAGGAACCCAGCUGCAAGAAACCAUAUGCGUGCGAUGAAGAAAGGAGACCUCGCCUUCUUCUACCACUCAAACUGCAAGGUCCCCGGGAUUGCGGGCACGAUGGAAAUCGUUCGAGAAAGCUCAGUAGACGAAUCCGCAUUUGACCCUGCACACCCGUAUUAUGACCCAAAGUCCAGUCGUGAUAACCCUAAGUGGGAUUGGGUCCAUGUUCAAUUUCGAAGCAAGUUCAAAAAUCUGGUUACGCUCGCUGAUAUCAAGUCUCACGCAAAGCCUGGUGGUGCAUUGGAGAAUCUCCAAAUGGUUAAGCAAUCUCGUCUGAGUGUGUCUCCUGUGACAGCAGAGCAGUGGAACUUCCUUAUGAGUUUGGCAGAGGAAGAAGAGCCUGUGAGAGAAUAG